UUCCAACUGAAACCGACAUCAGUCAAACAAACUUAUCCUUCCUAUAACUUUUCCCUGGAACUUGGCCAUCAGGAUGCGUCGUUUUAUCACAGUACUGUUGCUUGUGGCUUUGACCCAGGCUAAGCCACAAUUCUUCGGGCUUUCUCAGAGCUACGGCGUCCCACAGUUCCAGCCAUCCAAUCUAGCUACGGCCUCCCCACCUCUCCCAGCAACCCCUUCCCCGAUGUGAACAUCGCCCCCGUCCUGCCUCAGGAGCCUUCCGGUCUCUACGAAGUCCCAAGCUCUGACUCCAACAACAACCCUGUAGCCUCCUGCAACCCGAGUACCAAGAUCUCCGUCGUCACCACCACCAGGUUCAUCCCCAGCACCGUCAUCGAGACCCGCACCCGCGCCCUUCCCACCACCGUCUAUUCCGAAAUCACGCAGACGCAGUACUUCCCAUCCACCGUCGUCACACAGCAAAUCAUAACCUCGGUUAUUCCUCCAGUGAUCCAGACAACGACUGAUGUCGUGACCAACGUUCAGUACGUCACCCGCGCCCAGUACUUCACCCAGACCUCCUACGUCACCGACACCCGGCUCCAGUACAUCACCGAAACCCAGACGCAGAUCCAGACCCGCUUCCAGACCCAGACCCAGGUCCGCACGGAGACCCAGUUCCAGACUCAGUUCCAGACAGAGUUCCGGACCGAAACCCGCACCAGCACCCAGGUUCAGUACAUCACCCAGACGGAGCGCGUCCCCGAGUUCAUCACCCAGACCCAGACCCAGAGGGUUCCCGAGUUCAUCACCCAAACCCAGACCCAAUUCCAGACCGAAUUCCGCACCCAGACCGUCACCUCCACCCGCGUGCAGAACAACGUGGUCACCCAGACGCAGCAGGUGCCCCAGUUCAUCACCCAAACCCAGACCCAGCGAAUCCCACAGUACGUCACCCAGACCGUCACCUCUACGCGCAUCCAGACGGUCCAGGGUGACUGCGGGGGCGCCUCCAGCAACAACCCGACUACUAUGAUGGCUGGAUACUAUUAAGGGUCAAAAGCACUUCCUUCUGUAUGGGAAAAUCACCCUUGCAUCUGUGUCGUGGGUUCUUGAAGGUAUGUUCGUGUGGAUACUGCCAAGCAUUUCAUGCUUAAGGGUUGGAGUGUAAGUUGUUAUCAUCACUAAUAUUUUAAAAUUCAAAUUCGAUGAUCUCGCAAAUACGACGCAGAUGUGAUAGCAAGGGUUACCCGUACAGAGGAACCGCUUUUAUAUGUUGAAGAUGAGCUUUAGUAUCGUGGUUUUCACACGGGUAUUGUGCCACUGUAUAAGAUGGUGAUAGAAAUCUAUGACAUGUCCAUUUCCAUUUUUAUUUGGGGUUACAUGUGGGCAAGUUAUGUGAUGAAUCUCAUUUUUUUUGUGGAAGCAGUUAUGAUUGCUGUCAUUCUGCUUAAAUGCAUAUUUCUCUAUUUUGUAUUGUACCAUAUAUUGAAAAUAUACUUUUGUAUUAUAAUGAAA